AAGUUUAUCACGGUCAUUCGUUUUAUUCAUUUAGUCAUAUCAAAUUUUAAUAUUUUUUCUGCUCAGGGCAGUUAGAUAACGUUAAUGGUACAAUACGGUCAAAUGUCGACAAGUAAUAGACAUAUCGCUUUAUAGUCAGCGUCAAUACCUUAAUAUAAUAGAAUAUCUCGACACACUCCAGCACAGUAGGUAGCGCUGUCCACCUUGGUUCACAUUCCGCCAAUGAAGUUAAAGGAGGAGGAGAGCACGUUCCAGGCGGACGCGUUCCUUGCAUCAGAUCCCAUUGGCUGGUAUGAAAACUAUGAAUGAAAGGAGCCAGCAAUCCCUCAGAGCAUUUGAUAAGCUGACAAACGGAAGCUACAGAAUUCACAAUGAUGACAGCAACCAGCAGACGUUGAUGUUGUUCACCCGUUGAAAACCAGUCGCUGCCAUCAUGUCAGCAGACAAGCAACCGGACCAUCCACGUUUUGUGAAUCCUCCGCCUCCUGAGGUGACCAACCCCAGCAGGCCAGGCCGAACGACCAACCAGCUGAAGUACAUGCAGAAUGUAGUAAUUAAAUCCCUGUGGCGGCACCAUUUGGCCUGGCCCUUUCACCAGCCUGUUGAUGCAGUGCGUCUUGGACUUCCAGAUUAUCAUACAAUAAUAACGUCUCCCAUGGACUUGGGAACCAUCAAGAAACGGCUCGAGAACAACUACUAUUGGAGUGCCAGUGAAUGUAUGCAAGACUUCAACACCAUGUUCACCAACUGCUACAUCUAUAACAAGCCUACAGAUGAUAUAGUGCUGAUGGCCCUCGCAGUAGAAAAGAUUUUCCUGCAAAAAGUUGCCCAGAUGCCCCAGGGGGAAGUGGAGAUUUCCCCUCAUGCUGCCAAAGGGAAAGGCCGAAAAAGUAGUACUCCAGGAAGUGUGACCACAUGUUCUUCAGCUACGACGCCCUCAUCUCAGCCAAGCGGCAGCUACUCACCCUCCAGCUUACCGUCAACGACCAGACACCAAUCACACAACACCACAAAAAAGAAGGCGCUGAAGCAGAAGUUAGGCGGCACCGCUGAUACCGAAGCUGAACAGGGCAAACUGAGCGAACAGCUCAGGUAUUGCAACGAUAUCCUGGCGGAAAUGCUGUCUAAGAAAUACGUGGCCCACGCCUGGCCCUUCUACAAGCCUGUGGACGCCGAUGCUCUGGGGCUACACGAUUACCGCGAUAUCAUCAAAUACCCCAUGGAUCUCGGCACUGUUAAAAAAAAGUUGAAUGGAGGGGAGUACCAGGAUGCACAAGCCUUCGCUGCAGACGUUAGGCUAGUUUUUUCCAAUUGCUACAAAUACAACCCUCCAAAUCACUUUGUUGUCACUGGGGCCAGAAAACUUCAGGGUGUGUUCGAGACGAGGUUUGCAAAGAUGCCAGACGAGCCGGUGGAGUCGUUUUCACCACUGAGUGCCGUGUCUCCGAAGAGUGCAGGUUUUGCCGGGAUAAGCGACAACAGCUCCUCCAACUCAGACAAAUCAAACUUGGCAGAGGAGCGUGCCACCCGACUCGCCGAGUUUCAAGAACAGGUGGGUGCAGAGCAGCCCAUUUCUGUUGACACUACCCAGCUUAAAGCUGUUCAUGAGCAGCUCUCUGCACUCUCUGAAGUCCCUGUGAUUAAACCAAAGAAGGAACGAGAAAAGGACAAGAACGAGGACAGCAGGCAACUUAAAGGCCGGAAAAAACCUAGCUCCAGGCGGUCGUGGAGGGUAAGCAAAGACUGGGACUCAGAUGACGAAAGUCUGCAGAUGACGUACAACGAGAAGCACCAGCUGAGCCUGGACAUCAACCGGUUGUCUGGCAUGAAGCUGGGCCGCGUGGUGCAGAUCAUUCAGACGCGAGAGCCCUCGAUGCGGGACACCAGCCCCGACGAGAUCGAGAUCGACUUUGAGAUACUGAAGCCGUCCACUCUGCGCGAGCUGGAGCAAUACGUCAAGUCAUGCCUGUACAAGAAGUUCAAGAAAUUUCAAAGUUGUUCCUGUUUGGGCUAUUUUUGCUGAGACCAACUGCUCACAGCUGCCUCAAGGGAGAGACCGUAAAAUCAUCAGUGACUCUGUUUGAGACCAACUGGAACUGGUUUCAGCUUAGAUGUAUGAGGGAAGAAGUGAUUUCUCAUUGAAAAACGAUUUGACUUCAAUACUGAGAGCACAAAAACGGUAAAAUGCCACCAAAGGCAAAAGCAGAGGUUAAAUCGGAUGAAGAAUAUGUGUCACUCACACAUGUUAAUGAACUGAUGCAGCAACAAAAGGAAAUGUUUGUGGCGCUGCUUGAACAACAACAUAACAAUUUCAAAGGCUUUGUUAAAAUCAUUAUGGACUCCACAAACAGCAAACUGGAUGCAAUGACUAAGGAUCUACAGGACAUAAAAACCAGUUUGCAAUUUACGCAAAAAGAUGUGGAUGACAUUAAAACGGAUAACGCGAAGCAAACUGAACGCUGCAACGCUAUGCAGUCAGACAUCUUUAAAGUCUGUGACAGCUUACUGGCAGUCACUGACAAAAUUGAGUAUUUGGAGGGACAAUCCAGGCGUUGUUUUCGAGGGAAUACAAGAGGCACCAGGAGAGACCUGGGCCGAGACGGAGGAGAAAGUGAAAAAAAGUGCUGGCAGAGAAGUUACAGCUGCAGCGAGAGAUUGAAGUGGAGAGGGCCCACCGUACAAAGAAACCUGGAGGAGACAGAACAAGGCCAAUUGUUGUGAAAUUUCUGAGGCACAAGGACAGAUCUGCCAUAUUACAACGCGCUAAGUUACUGAAAAGAUCAAAAAUGUUUAUCAACGAGGACUUUACGGAUACUGUCAGAAGAACAAGGAAGGAACUGAUGCCGGAGUUGAGGGCGGCGAGAGAAAGAGGGGACAUUGCCUAUCUACGACAAGACAAACUGAUCAUCCAUCCCCGGUCCAGUACACCAAAAUAGACGUGAAACAUCUAAUCUAUAAUCAGGUAUGCUGAAUCGCUGUCAUUGUUCACAACUAAUACAUGUAGGCCUACUGGAGAAAAUCAACUACUACAGAGGAUUGUUGAUCUGGACAAACUAGAGCUGAACACCUUUCAAUACAUGGAACAUCACUCACAGGACUUGGAAAAUGAUAUUGAUCCAGUGAACAACUUUUUCCUCAACAGCAAUUGCUUUUAUUACGAUAAUGAACAGUUCAAUUGUUCAGUUAAGACAGAAAAACAAUUAUCUAUAAUCCACUUUAACAGUAGAAGCCUAUAUGCUAACUUUCAUAACAUUACACAUUAUCUAAAUCAAUUUAAACAGCCUUUCAAUAUAAUCAGAAACUUGGAUAACUAGUGAAAAGGGUUCAGAUUUUUAAAUUAAAGGAUAUGAAAUGUGUUGUAUUAACAGGGAAAACAAGAAAGGGGGUGGUGUGGCUUUGUAUGUGGACCAGAAAUUAAAUUACAAGGUGGUGGAAAAUAUGUCAGCAGUGGUGGAUGAUUUACUUGAAUGUGUUACAAUAGAAGAAAAGUGUUAUUGUAAGUUGCAUCUAUAGAUCACCAGGUUCUAAUAUUGAUUCAUUCAAGGACUGGAUGGAGGUAAACAUUACAAAAACAAAUCAGAAAGUUAUGUUCAUCUGUGGUGAUUUUAACAUUGAUUUGCUAAAUCCUAAUAAGCACAACAUGACAGAGGAUUUUAUUAGUACAAUGUAUAGUCUGGGCUUUCUACCCAAAAUUACCAGACCCAGUAGGAUUACUUCCCACAGUGCAACAUUAAUUGAUAAUAUUUUUCAAAUGACAUGGAUAACAACACAGUGAGUGGACUAUUAAUAAAUGACAUCAGUGACCACUUAGCAGUUUUUACAGUUUACAACCGAAACUAUACAUCUAAAAAGGAGAAUAGAGUCAAUGGUUGCACUGAAAGAUGAUGCUCUCACAAGACUGGGAAAUAAUAUAUCAGGAAAACGAUAUUGACAAUGCAUAUGAAGAAUUCCUAAGAAUAUUUAAAUUAUUAUAUGAUAAGAAUUGUCCGAUAAAAAAAUAUUGCAAAAAACAAAAAUACAAUGACAGACCGUGGAUUUCAAAAGGAUUACAAAAUGCCUGUAAAAAAAAAAAAUUCACUUUAUAGGGGAUUUACAACGGUGUUCAGGGAAGCCGUCCGACUGAAGGAGUCUUUCCGGGAUAUGUUAUCCCAGAGGACUC